AUGUCGGACAACAACAACCCCUUCGGCUACCCAACCGGCCCGGCCGAGAACAGAAACACGCCCAAUGGCCCCAGGCCAAACAACAACGCCGGCCGCAUCCCCGUGCGCUUCAUGCCCGACAACGACCCGAGCCGCAUGUGGCGUGGCCCCGCGAUCCCCAAUCAGCCCGAUGUUGGCACGCAGUGGUCUGCCCCACGCGCGCUGGAUUACAUGAGCAUGCGCGCCCGGGCGAUGAACGGCGCGGAUAUGAGUAAUGGGAUGUACACACCCGGCGGCAACGCGCGGUACGGCGGAGCGGGCCCGACGUACAAUGACCUCGCUCGCGAGAACGGCGCUGGUAUGGGAGGUGGAGGAGGUGGCGGCUGGCCUCAUGCCGGCGAACGCCUUGGACGGGGCAUCUACGAUAAUGUGGCGUACCGGAGCCAUUGGCCUGGAACCACGGGGAGCAUGCCCGGGCCGAUGGGGAGGGCGGAUAGCUUGAGGGCGAUGUACGGCAUGAGGCCUCUGCAUGAGAGCGGUGGGGGUUUCCACAUGCGUCCUCCAAGAGAAUACCAGAAUGGGCAGAACGGACAAAGUCCCCAGGGUGGGAUGAAUGGAGAUAUGAACGGGGGCAACUAUGGAGGGCCCUGGAUUUAG